AUGCCGCCCAUCAUCCGUCGAGCUCCCCUGUCAGAACGUAUCAAGGCCUUCCUCAACCCUUACGACCUACUCCUAUGGAUUGCCGAAGAACUACACGAGAGCGCUCUGGAUGAAGCACUACGCGACUGGGGCCUGCCCGUAGGCAUUGCGGCAAACUUGGUCUUUGCGUGCGCAAGGUUUGCGCUGAAGAAGAACCCACACGAUGACAUAUUCGGCGAGUUCGAGUCGAAGAGUGGCUGGUUCUUCUGGCUGGUCUCGUUUGUCGCGCACUUUCUCGCCUUCGCCUCGCUGUUCAAUACCUUCUAUACCUUUACGCGCUCACGCAAGUACCGUCUCUUCGAAACUUCCAUCGAACAAGCGCCAACCACGCCAUCUGCUCGCCGCGUGCGUGUUGACUCGUCACCCUCUGCCUCGCCCUUGACAUACUUUUCAUCCAUCAUCUCGUCCAGCAAUGUCUUUCCGCGACGACACCCCGACCAACACAACGAUGUCUGGGAAAUCAGCGUCUGGGACCCAAAGCCCUUCAAUCUCGAAUUGUUCGCGCUCUUCUCGCCCGGCCACGUCCUCGUCUACUGGCUGUUCCUACCCACCAGCGCCGCCGACCCUCGUCCCUCUGUCACGUUUGUCACCACCAUCCUCCUUGCAGUCCUCCUGAGCGUACAGCUGCUCUUCUUCAAGAAAUUCUUCGUUCAGCAGGCAAAAGACUCAACCUUGAUCCACAAAGAAGUCAUGAACGAGUACGACACCAAAUUCGUUCAUCCCAACAUGAAUCGUCCAGUGCGCGACGUGGGCACGCAGACAAGAGACACGGCCACAAGUCCUGGAGGAGCACGAAUCAGGACGAGAGAGGUUGAUGUCUACACACCGCACACGGUCAUCAACAAGGGAUUCAAGGUCAAUCCCAACCCGGCUUAUGCCAGUCACCUCACAGACGAUCCCCGAGCCUUGUACGCCACUUCGCCGACUAAGAAUCUGCCGAGAAGCGCUACAACUCCCUCGCUACAACCCACUUUCGGGAGCUAUAGCACUACGGCCGACAGAUAUCUUCAACACGCCAGGCAAACCAAGGCCGAUGUCACGCGAGCCAGCAACGAGGCCAACGUUACGCGAGCGAGCCACAAGUCCGAUGAAAAGAGGUGGUGA